UUCUCUGAAACAUCCUGGGAUUUAAUUAUUAUAUACAGAAUACAAAACACCUCUUUUACUUAGUCAUAAACUACAAAACUUUUAGCUACCCACGUAACUCUUUUAUAAGUAGAUCACAAAAAAAAAAAAGAAAAAAAAAAGAGUAAUUAUUUUCCCUUUUCAAGUUUCAACUAAUACCAACUUUCUUGAUUUACUAAAACUCUUGGAAGAAUCAAUUCAAUAUGUAUAAGGGAAGAUUUUCAGAACACAGUAAAGAAUCACAGGAUGAUCUUAGAUAUGUUGAAAUUGACCCUACUGGUCGUUAUGGACGUUUCGAGGAAGUUUUGGGAAAAGGGGCAAUGAAAACAGUGUAUAGAGCAAUUGAUGAGUUGCUAGGUAUGGAAAUGGCAUGGAACCAAAUUAAAUUAAAUGAUUUGCUUCAUUCACCAGAGGAUAUGGAGAGGCUUUACUCUGAAGUUCAUCUGCUUAGCACUCUCAAUCAUCAUUCUAUCAUGAGAUUCUAUACUUCUUGGAUUGAUGUUGAACACAGGACCUUUAAUUUCAUUACCGAGAUGUUCACUUCCGGUACUCUCCGAGGAUACAGAAAGAAGUAUCAGCGAGUUGAUAUUCGAGCUAUAAAGAAUUGGGCACGCCAAAUACUGGAAGGUCUUGUUUAUUUACACGAACAUGAUCCUCCAGUGAUCCAUCGAGACCUGAAGUGUGAUAACAUAUUUGUUAACGGUCAUCUUGGACAAGUGAAGGUUGGGGACCUGGGCUUAGCUGCAAUUCUUCGUGGAUCACAGAGAGCGCACAGUGUUAUAGGGACACCUGAGUUCAUGGCACCGGAACUAUACGAGGAGAACUAUAAUGAGCUAGUUGAUGUAUAUUCAUUUGGCAUGUGCAUGUUAGAGAUGCUUACUGGUGAAUAUCCAUACAGUGAAUGUGUUAACCCCGCACAAAUAUACAAGAAAGUGACCUCUGGUAAGAGGCCUAGGGCAUUUUAUAAAGUCCAAGAUCUGGAUGCACAAAGGUUUAUUAGGAAAUGCUUGGAGCCAGCAUCAAAAAGAUUAUCAGCUAAAGAACUAAUGGUUGAUCCAUUUCUUGCAUUAGAUAAUAUUGAUGGUAAGUCGGUGACAAUGAUGCAACUUCAAAAGCCUUUCUUGAAUGAUAAAAUUGCUAUCGAGGACCUCCACUUGAAUGACGACGCUCCAAGGACUAAUAUGACCAUCACGGGGAAAUUGAAUCCUGAAGACGAUACCAUUUUAAUUAAGGUGCAGAUUGCGGAUAAUGAAGGUGAUGUUAGGAAUGUGUAUUUCCCGUUUGACAUAGUAACUGACACCCCCACGGAGGUUGCAAAUGAAAUGGUGAAGGAAUUAGAUAUAACAGACUGGAAGCCGCAUGAAAUAGCUAAUAUGAUCGAUGGAGAGAUAUCUGGCCUGGUACCUCAGUGGAAGAAAUGGAAUCAGUUUGAAUCUGCCGAUUACCAGGUGCUAAGCUAUAAAGACGACGAUAAUGAUCACCAUAACCCUUUCCAAGGUUUCUCAUCUUGCUCAUCUUCUCAAGUGUCAUUGUCAGGUCUGCUCUCCUCUCAAGUGAUUGACACAAACACCAAUGAUCCUCAUUGGCUUCAUGGCGAUAUGUUUGAUGACACCAGCUCUCAAAGCUCAUCGCACUCUGCAAAUUAUUCCAACUUCAAUUACUUCUCUGAUGAUGAGAAUGAUCCCGUGACAACCUCUACAAAACAAAGUCAGCCAGCUACUGCAAUUAGCCACCAUACUUCCCGGUUUUGUCCCGGGGAAAACUCAAGCACCGGGCAGUCUUUAGCAAAAAUGUGCUACAAGCAGUGCAAAGAUAUGCUAAAAUUAAAAGGAACUUCUUCCACUUCUAAAGAAAAGGACAAAGUUGAUGCGCGUAGACUAACAAGGAACAAGUCCUUAGUGGAUAUGCGCAGCCAGUUGCUGCACAAGACAUUGGUGGAGGAAGUGCACAAGAGACGAUUGUUCAAGACGGUUGGUGCUGUGGAAAAUAUUGGGUUUCAACAACCUUAUGAGGAUUCAAGAAGGAGUCCUCAAUCAAUGAAUUGUACUUAUUCCAUGAGAUUGUUGAGUGACGAGAAGGGACGAGGUCACAAACCAAGAAGACGUUGAUUUCUUCUCCUGAAUAUUUAUCUUAAAUGUACGAUGAUAUAUACAUAUGCUAGUUUUAAGCAGAUCCAAGUUUUGAAUUAGGCAGGUGUAAAUAACAAUAAAAGCGUUUGUUCAAAUUUUGUACAUUUGUACCUUAUAGUGAUGUAAGAAUAAACAACCUCUUGCCCUUAUACGCUUUCAGCAAUAGAAUUCCAAAGGUACCUAACA